GUCCCGCUGCAGGGCGAGCUGUAGAUCAGAGAACACACGUGUGUGAUUAUAUAUUUAUUAAAGUUUAUCGUUAUUUAUUGACAUGAGGCUGACGUCAUAGCGGUGUGGAUCUGGUUCCUCAUGAGAAUGAUGACGUCACAGACUGGAUCAGCGUGACAGUUGAAGUGUGUUCACGCCAAAAUCAAACCGAAUCACAGAGAUGGAGUCUUCAUCAUCAUCAUCAUCAUCAUGCUGUAAGAGGAAAACACGCGACAGUGUGAUGACAGAUUCAUGUGAGAAGAGACGGAGACUCUCACAGGAUGUUGUGACGGCGAAGGACGUGUGUGAUCUGAUCCACUACGUCACACUCAGACACACUCACGGUGUUAUGAAGCCCAGCUGUUUCAGUGUCUGUGAUGAUGAUGACAGAGUGUCUCGAGUGAAUGUGAUGAUUCUGGACGGACUGACUCAGAGUCAUUUCUACAGACACUUCAGUCACUUCAAACACCUCAGGAACAAAUACAGCUCUAGAUGGACUCUAGCACCCUGCUCAGGUGACCUGCUGUCUGAACUCUUCAACACUCCCAUCACAGAGUCUGAAAGACCUGCAGAAACACAGAGCAAACUCUCAGCUGUGAUGACGUUGCAUCCUGUGAUCCGCCGGUUUGGUUUGAAGACUGCAGGACUGAAGAGCUUCCUGCUGACUGAGCAGGAAAUGAUCAAAAAUAAGUUCCCUGUGAAGGGUGGGUGUGUCUGUGAGGGGUUUGUGUGCACUCAGGCUGAAGGGCCCAUCACUGACAACAGCCCUCUAUUUGGACUGGACUGUGAAAUGUGUUUUACCCGUGUUGGUCUUGAGUUAACUCGAGUUGCUGUGGUGGACAGCAGGGGGCGCUGUGUACUCGAUGAACUUGUCAAACCACUGAAUCCUAUAAUAAACUACUGCACCAGGUUUUCUGGUAUCACACAGUCUAUGCUCGCACCCGUAACCACACGACUUAAAGACAUCCAAUCCAGACUCCUGGAACUGUUGCCACGGGACGCGGUGCUGGUUGGCCAUUCUCUGGACAAUGACCUUCAAGCUUUAAAUCUGAUUCAUCCACACGUCAUCGACACGUCUCUACUGUACCGUAAAGAGAACGGCCAAAGAUUCAAACUCAAACUCUUAGCGGAGGUCAUUCUGAAGAGAGAGAUUCAGUCAGAGGAGAGGACAGGUCACGACCCCUGUGAGGACGCGUUAGCUGCUCUUCAGUUAGCUCAGUACUUCAUUAGUAAAGGAGCCCGAGAGGUGGUCACGUGUCAUCUGCAGGAUUUGUGGGAUAUGUCUCCAGUGAGUGAGGAUGAAUGUGAUCAUGUGACGUCAUGCGCUCGUCGCAGCAGCCCUCCCAGCUUCGGACACUCCCUCUACAGAUCCGGCCAAUCAGCUCUCUUCCUGGGCAGAUCAGCAGACACAAGCAUCUCAUUGACCAAUCAGAUGUGCAGGAGACAUCACUGCUCCACUGACCGAGAGGUGUUGUGUGUGUUCAGGCGAGUGGUUCAGUGUUACUCACUCAGUGUUCUUCAGUUCUCCUCAUACAGUCAAACACCAGCAACAACACGACGACAACAUUUACAGCAGGUACACACACAUCAUCAUACACUAUAUACACACACUUCACACACACAUGAAACUGUACUAUAUCUCUCUGUGUGUAUGUUUGAGAUGUGCGAGCGGUUGAGGGAGAUGUGUGUGUUGUUUGUUGGGCCGUUGUCCAGUGAAACUACAGAGAAACAAAUACACAAACUCUUCAGAAGCUGCGGACGCCUGCGGACAGUACGAAUCCUGCACAACGCACACGGGGUUCACGCUGUUGUGGAGUUUGAGCAUCUUGAAGGAGCUCAGCUCGCUCUAGAACAUCUGAAUGAACAUCACAUCAACAACUGUCACACAAAGGUGCGGCGUCCGGUACACGAGUCCUGUCUGGAUUUGGACGCGCGUUUGACUGAACGUCACACAGACGCUCUGAACGAUCACAUGAUGUACGUGUGUAACCUGUCGCGUAAACGCCGUCACCACGACGACCUGCUGCAGACGUUCAAACAGUUCGGCCCCGUUCAACACAUCAUGAGCCCUGCAAAGCAUGCUGGGAGACGCAGCCGACACGCCUUCAUCAGGUUUGAGCACGCUCAGAGCGUUCAGGUGGCAGUGAGCGCUUCAGUGCAGAUCGGAAACAGGAAGUUAUCAGUGUGUCACGCUUUGACCCCGACCCACAUGACCUCAUGGACGCACACAAACGCCGUUACAACAGAAACCGGCUCAGAGACGACAGAGCAGAGAGACGAGUGUGACGAGCGUCUGAUGAAGAAACUGGAUGCUAAAGUGGGGAAAGUGUUUCGAUCCCUGCAGAAAAACUGCCUGAGCGUCGUCAUUCUGCCAGGAGAGAAAAACUGUGGUGCGGUUGAAUAUCUGGGGUUGUGCUUCAUUCAGAUCAAACAGGACGACACACUCUAAUAUUGGACCCGCUCAGCUCGUCUGUGAUUGGCUGAAGUGACCGACACUCAACACACACUGAAUCUGUUUUUAUAUGAAAGCUUUUGUGUUUAUACAGAACAGAUAUUUUAAUGUAUUUUAAUACUGAUCAA